GGUUGACACCUAACUACCUAACUGUUUCUGUCCAGGCCGACCGAAGUUAGUUGUGUAUCAUACUCGGUUGUGUGUCAUGUUGAGGUAGUAUUCAGUGUGGAUUCUAGUUUAGAUCACACACACUGUAGCUCAUGAGUGAUGCAAGCACUAGUGAGGAGUUGUUAGUGGACGACCUUAGGGUCACUCGAACGACUGCUUUCAGUCGACCCAUGACUUUCCUAGAGUUAGGUCCAGGAGACGAGAGAAGACUGCGGAGAGAGGCUAGAGAGAGAGCAGCAGCAAGGAGAGCGAGGGACGCCGCGGUCAGCGCCAGGUCUAGAAUUACAGCUAGUACCGGUACGACCAUGGCUACCUCCUCUACCAUCUCGCAGGCCUCUUCACAGGCCACUUCGUCAGGAAUCAGUCGGAGUGGUUCUCAGGCUUCUGUUAGCCAGAGUGUUGGCUCGCAAGUCAGCCAACAGGCUCAACUCACGUCGGAGGAUUAUGAAAUCCUGCAAGCAGAAGAACUUCAGGAUGAGCUACAGCGGCAAUUGGAUGAGGCAGCAGAGAGAAGAAGAAGAGCAAUAAUGAGAAAAGCUAGACUAGAUAGUAGAUUGCACGAACUAGGCAAGCUAGAAGCACUAGAUGAGUCCACACUUGAUCCUGCUAUGCAAGCAUUGCGGAAUUCGCUCCUAUGUGUGGCGGAGACGCAUGUUGCUCAGCAGGAAAUGUUGGCUGCACUACUGGUAGGGCAAAAACGAAUUUUGGCUGCGCUUCAGGCUCCUCGUCCAGUGAUGAGGCAGCCUCAGUUUGCUGUAGCUCCUCCAUCCGUUGCAGGUCCAUCAAUGACACCGUCGCCGGUUGGGCCCUCAUUCUCACCUAUGUUUGGUAUGCCUCCUCCAGGUGGUUAUGUGGCGACUAGUGGUCCGGUCCUUAGAGUCUCUGUCAUACCAUCCACGACAAUGGUUACUACAGUCACACUGUCAAGUCAGGCCCAGGUUAGUGUGCAGCAACCUGUUCCGGUGGCUAUGCAGCCAUUGCAGCAAUCUCUUGGGCCAAUGCAGCCUAUGCAGUGGAUGCCCAAAAUACCCUUGUUGAGUCCUAAGCCCUUCUCUGGCAACAGGAAGAAGGAUGAGGACUUGGAUACGUGGGUGCGGACGGUGCCUACCUAUGUGAGGCACAAGCUCACCAGGCCGGAGCAAGAAGUUGUAGUGGCUGCCUCCUUUCUAGAAGGGUCAGCAGCCCGCUGGUUGAAUGGCCUAGUGCAGCAGCAGGGCUACGGUCAGAACUUCGAUCCUUGGGCCCAGGCCCAGACAUUGGAAGACUUCGUACGGUCCGUGUAUAAUAGGUGGCAUGACCCUCAAGGGGCUCAAAAGGCCAUAGACACGAUCAACAAUCUUUGUGCCAGAAGGUACAAGAAUGUUUGUGAGCUCACGGAUACCGUAGAACGUCUGCUCGUGGUACCUGGUGUGCGCUUUGACCAGCAGGUACUCCUCACGGAUUACCUAAGAUGUCAGCCUUCAGAGGUUAGGGCAAAGCUAGUGGAUGACGCCUAUGUCGAACAGCACAACUUCACUUCCUUCAGCAAGAAGGCCUUAGAUAUAGAGGCAAAACUGGGGUCCGCGCAUUAGAGUCAGGCAGAUGGUAGGAAAAAAAGACUCCCCCAGGACUGGAAGAAGAAAGGGGAACUAAUGUUCGCCGACCACGAUGGUCAGGCAACAAAAAUUGACGACUUCC